UCCAAACUUCCAAUCAUGGGCGUGGCUUCUGUCACGUCACACUUGGACGGGGCGGAGUUAGAUGUCAACCUACGCUUUCAAACGCCCACAGCUAGGCGUUUUCAGCUGGCUAAAAAACACAUUGGUGGACACAUGCGGCCUAUAUUAUAUGUCAGUAUCAUGAGCAAAGUUCUGCUGCUCUUUCAGCUUUUACUUCCAGAGGCUUCUCCUAAAGGCUCUCACUCUUUAUGGUUGCUUGCAACGUACAUUAAAGGACAAACACCAUUUCCUGAAUUUAGUGCUGUAGUGAUGUUGGAUGAUGUCAUAGUACAGAACUAUGACGGUGAGACAAAGACUCGCAUUCCAAGAGGAAAUACAACAACUGAAGACGACGUGCUAGAUUUGAAUGUUCUCCUCACCAUAAGUGACCACCUACAAGCACACUUUUUGGACAGAUGGACAGUAGCAACAAAAAUGUUAAAUGAAACUGAUCAAAAAAAUAUUCUGUUUGUGUGUGAACUGAGGGAUGAUGGUGAACCGGGACAAAUGAUCACACGAGAUGCUUUCAGAGGCUCCACCACUGAUGAGUUGCUCUAUGUUGACAAGAACUUCACAUACCAGGGUACUUUAAAUAUCUCGGCCCAACUGCUGAAUUUUUAUCUUGAGAUCAGCAAGACUCGUCAUGAAAUUUUAUAUCAACCAUACUGCAUCAAAACACUCAAGGGUUACCUUGAAAAAAGGAGAAAUCAAGUCAAUAGAAAAGUGAAACCGCGAGUCAGACUCAUUCAGAAAGCAAACUCAGAUUCUGGAGGGUUUCGUGUGAGUUGUUUGGCGACAGGAUUUUACCCUCGUCACAUCAACCUGACCCUGUUCAGAGAUGGACAGCCUGUAUCUGAUCAUGAGAUCACUGGAGGAGAUCUGCUGCCCAAUGGUGACGGGACGUACCAGAUGAGGAAGAGUCUGGAGAUCAGUGCAGACAAACACAAAUACACCUGCUCUGCCACACACCUCAGUCUGGACAACAAACUGGACGUCACUUUGGAAUUUGAUCCUGAUGAACCAUUUAAAUCAGUGAUUCUCCCAGUGCUGAUAGUUUUGGCUCUGAUGUUGGUGUUUGGGGCUGGAGCCAUCAUAUAUAAAUGCAGGAGGAGACGAGCAGGUGUGACAAGAACCGAAAUGAAUGGUGAAUCAUCCAUGCCUUCAUCAAACUGUGAUUAUUCUCCUGCUUCUAAAUCUGAAGAAAACAUGGAACCAGCAUACUGAAGAUGAUGUAAUUUUCAGUUUUUAGCUUGAAUGAAAGAAAUGCGUUCAGACUAAUACAGCAGUCAAGAAGCGUUAAAAACGGAAGCACAAAAGAAGACACGUCUGGAGUUUUACAUCAUCAAUAUGUGACGCGUUCAGUGAUGUGAGCUGCAUUUACAUGUGGAAUAGACAUGGUGGCUGGCAAACAAAAACAUUUUGCGUUAGUUGUAAUAAUGUCUUUUCUUGAAAAGGAA